GGGGGGGUGUGUGUGGUUGAUUGGGUGGAUAAUAUUUUAGCUGGCAAGGACAUGGGGAGGGGAAGAGUGGAACUCAAGAGGAUAGAGAACAAGAUAAACAGGCAAGUCACAUUUGCAAAGAGAAGAAAUGGGCUUCUGAAGAAAGCCUAUGAGCUCUCUAUUCUCUGCGAUGCUGAGGUUGCUCUCAUCAUCUUCUCUAACCGUGGCAAGCUCUAUGAGUUCUGUAGCAGCUCUAGUAGCAUACUCAAAACACUGGAAAGGUACCAGAAGUGCAGUUAUGGUCAAGUGGAAGUCAACAAACCUGCCAAGGAACUUGAGCAGAGCAGCUACCGCGAGUACUUGAAACUGAAAGGUCGAUUUGAGUCCCUACAACGAACUCAGAGAAACCUUCUUGGAGAAGAGUUGGGUCCCUUAAACACAAAGGAGCUUGAGCAGCUUGAGCGUCAACUUGAGUCCUCCUUGAAGCAAGUUAGGUCCACUAAGACUCAGUAUAUGCUGGACCAACUUUCUGACCUUCAAAAUAAGGAACAAAUGUUAAUAGAAGCAAACAGGGAUUUGUCAUUGAAGUUGGAUGACAUUAGUUCAAGAAACCAAAUUAGACAAUCAUGGGAAGGUGGAAACCAGGGGGGUAUGGCAUAUGGGACCCAGCAUGCUCAAUCUCAAGGGUUCUUCCAGCCCUUGGAUUGCAAUCCCACCUUGCAAAUAGGGUACUCUAAUGUGGGGUCAGAGCAGAUGAGUGCCACAACUCAUGCCCAACAAGUCAACGGUUUCAUCCCUGGAUGGAUGCUGUGAGAUAAAUAUCCUCAUAUCAGUCAUAAAAGCUUGCCAAGUAUAUGCUUCUUUUGCUGGCAGUAUAAAAUUUCAUGUAACUUAUUUUCACAUAAAAUCAGCAGUGGCUGAAUUUCAGGGGACCUUUGAAAGGCCUAAUAUCCUUUUAACUUGUUUCACAAGGGGCUUGCAAGAAAUUUAAUUACAAUAUUGGGAACUUAUUUCUUACUUUAUAA